CUGAAAGGAGGAACAAAAAUCCAAUAGACGACUACGACACCGAAAAUGAGCACGCCGCCGGGUCUCAAGAAGCCUAAGAUGGAGAGAGAAGAAGAAUCCAACGGCGAAGCUGACAAUGAGAACGGCGAAGAGAAGCUCAUGUGGGAGGAGAGAGAAGAAGCACUUGUGGCUCUGAUCGAGCAUCGUACCAAAGAAGUCGAACAUCUCCGCCAACGUUUGUCCUACUACAAAUCUCAGCUUGAUCAGGCAGAGAGAAGGUUAGAGGAGACACAUGUUAAACUGGCCCGCCAUCGAGGCCGAGACAAAGUGAUGUCAUCCAAAGGUUCUGUGGGAAAUGGUAUGAAAGAGGUGAAUGCUGAACAAAGAUCAACUAGUCCUACCCAGAUCAGCGAAGGUCAUUCUCAAAGACCGCCUCAAUCUAGACCACAAUUAGUCCAAGAAAAUGUGAAGCCAUCCAAAAACUCCCUGAAAGAGGGCGUGAAAGAGGUAAAACUUGAGCGGAGGUCAAGUAGUCCUAUCCAGAUCAGUGAAGAUUCUUCUAAAAGCCAUCCUCCAUCUAAACCACGACUUGUAAUACCUGCUGUGAAUCCAAAAGUUUCCCCACCUACGAAGAUGGCAGAAUUUGGCUCUAAAAUUAACACCGGAUCUAGUUCUCGAACUUGUGCAUCAGUUCCCACUCACACUGAUAGUAUUGUGAAACAAAAAGGGGACAAAUUUCAGCAAAUCUCUUCUGAGCAGGAAGCUGUUGAAACUCAAGCUAAAGGGACAAAAAGAAAGGCUGAGCAGAAAGAACACAAAGACAUAAUUCCUUUGAUACAUAGCAGCUCUUCACCCCGCCCAAUCCGUUGCCAGACAGGCUGUCUCAUAUCCAGUCAACACAAGAGAAAGUUGAGAAGUCUUGUCCUGUGUCCGACAAACGACCAACUAUUUGUGACCAGUUCUUUGGAUGGAGUCGUCAACUUGUGGCAAGUUCAGGCCAGAGGAUCAAAUGCCAGUCUUCUUAGUACCACUGAUUGUGUAUCUCUCAAGCACAGGCGAUGGCCAGAAGACAUAGCCUGGCAUCCACAGGGAAAUUACCUAUAUUCUGUUUACAGUGCUGAUGGUGGGGAUUCCCAGAUAUCAAUCCUGAAUCUGAAUAAAACAAAAGAGGGAACCCGUGUAAGUUACAUAGAGGAGAAGCCUCAUGUUAAGGGCAUUAUCAACAACAUAAUGUUCAUGCCAUGGGACGAUAUCUGUUUUGUUACCGGUGGCAGUGAUCAUGCUGUAGUACUCUGGACUGAGAGAGAUGGGGAGAACUCGUGGAAACCAAAAGCGCUGCACAGGAAUAUGCAUUCCUCGGCUGUAAUGGGAGUGGCUGGGAUGCUGCAAAAACAAAUUGUGAUGUCUGUUGGUGCGGACAAGAGGAUUAUUGGGUAUGAUUUACUUGCUGGAAGAGCAGAUUACAAGCAUCAAAUAGAAAGCAAAUGUAUGAGUAUUCUACCUAAUCCACGUGACUUCAAUCUCUUCAUGGUUCAGACUGGGACUCUAGAGAGACAGCUUCGAUUAUUUGAUAUCAGGGUUAGGCAGACAGAAGUCCAUGCAUUUGGUUGGAAGCAAGAAAGUAGUGAUUCACAGUCAGCUUUGAUAAACCAGGCUUGGUCUCCUGAUGGUUUAUACAUAACAUCUGGUUCAGUAGACCCUGUGAUCCACAUCUUCGAUAUCAGGACUCUAGAGAGACAGCUUCGAUUAUUUGAUAUCAGGGUUAGGCAGACAGAAGUCCAUGCAUUUGGUUGGAAGCAAGAAAGUAGUGAUUCACAGUCAGCUUUGAUAAACCAGGCUUGGUCUCCUGAUGGUUUAUACAUAACAUCUGGUUCAGUAGACCCUGUGAUCCACAUCUUCGAUAUCAGGUAUAAUGCUCACAAACCUUCCCAGUCAAUAAAAGCGCAUCAGAAACGUGUCUUUAAAGCUGUGUGGCACUAUGCUCUCCCGCUCAUGAUCUCCAUAUCCUCUGACUUGAACAUUGGAUUGCACAAGAUCAUUUAA